GAGAAGUAAGAACAACCAGAUGAGUCUGCCAUUGAUUGCUGUCAGUGUCUCUCAGGUCUUUUACACAUCGUUCAUCUCACCUUACUUGCAUACAAAACCAUAUUCUUUUUGGAACUAUAUCAAGAUCACCUACAAUAUACCAACAUGAAUGGCCUUCUUGUCCUGUUGUACUGCAUAGAAAUCCUGGGUCCACUGUUGUGUGGAGCUCAAGUUACCACUAAUUUUGAGUCAACCCAACAAGAUUCCCAAAAUGAUUCAACCAGUGCUUCCAGCAGCACAUCUGACGGGAUGAGCACUCACUUACCAACAACAACAACAACAGUCUCCCAAUCAUCCAAUAGUCCUAGCACUUCACCUUCACCUUCACCUGGCCCACAGCCCACCACACCAAACACCAACAAUACCUUUUUCAGCAGGGACUGUCUUCCGGUAUUAAUGGUGACUGGUGGACUGAUCCUAGCCUGUACUAUUCUGCUGGUUUCUACUUUAUUGUUGGCAUGGAAGGUGUGCCAUUUGAGCAGACGCAUCAAGGCGCUGAGCAGCAAUGCAGACCUGAUCAGCAACCCUGAAUACUUCAUGGGAACUGACAAGAAGAACAAAAGCAAGCCAGAAGAGACAGAAGCCAAAGAGACCAGCGUGUUAAUGUCUGACAUCAGCCAAUCACAAGAGGAGAGGGGUAACGGUACCACCAAGGAAGAAGGAGAGAAGGUAAAUGAGGACGAGAAAAUGGGAGAGGAGAAGAAGAAGGAGGUGGAAGACACCGCCAACGGUGAGGAAGCUUCAACUACACCUGUCGCUGAAAGUUCAUCUCCCCCAAAGCCACAAGAGGAGGCCACCGAUUCCCAGCCCACCCCAGCUGUAGCAGCCUCCACCUCUGAAGGCACAGAGGAAUCAAAGGAUGUGGUGUAGAGCUGUGUGUGUGAAGCUAGAGAGUUUCCUGAGCAACUGUCCUUAAUUUUUAUAGCUUUACAACCCAUUUACAGUAAAUAAAGGAUUUUAUAUGCAGCUUUUUCUUUACAAUAAGUUGAACAACUGUGUGUGCUGUUAAAUCUGUCUAUCCCAGCACUGAGCAUUUUUGGUUGAAAACAACUGGUUUAUAUUGUAUUUCGCUCUUAUUUUUGUGUUUUGAAUAUUGGAAUACGUUAAUGUUAUAAUACACCUCUUUCAAGUCAAUUUGUUACUUACCUGCUUUAUUUUUCUGAGAUUUUGAGAUGUACACACAUUUAUGUACAUAAAUGACAUGUGCAACAACCAGAGGAAUAAAAUAGAGCUUGUGACCUCA